AUGCCGUACAGAACACGCAACUAUUCCGACGGAUCGUUUGGCGGUAAUAUAAAUAAAAUGAACGAUGACGAGCCUUCUACUUCGAAAGCACAUCAUCCUUCACAUGAUGAUUCUGUGGAGACGACUUACGUGCAAAAUAUAGGAGAAGAAGACGAAAUUAUAAUAGAUGGUAGUGUCGAGUUUAAUGAAGAGUCAAUUCAUGUUGACGAACAAGGGAACACUGUUAUAUAUUUGCCUGCAGCAGAUGAGAAGCAUCAUAUAGCCGAUCUUACUAACGCUGUAGAGAGCGGAAGAUCAAGUGAAAAUAAGCCAUGGAUAAUACCUGUUGGGAUCCCAAUGAAAAAAAAUGAUAUAAGUUUAAAAAACUCAGGACCCCCAGGAGUGGUGCUUCUGACUCCUGAUAGUUUGAAAGCGAAGCCUCAGCUUUUUGUAUCUUCUGGGAAAUCUCUGGUUUCCAGAGAUGAACAAGCAGAGCAAUGGGGUGGUUCCGAUCCUCAAAACGAACAUGGUAAUCUUCCUUCAAUGAGACCUCUGUUUAGAAUGUAUGGCGAUGCUGUUUUGAGAAAGGCAGGAAACAUCGGCAUCAAUGAUCAAGAGGACGAUAGCGACAUUACAUGUACAUAUGACAGUGAAGAUCCCAUUGGUAGAAAAGAAUCUAUAAGAGAUCUAGUGAGUCGAAAUCAAGUUACGUUCCAUUACAAGGAAUGGCCGUUGUAUUGGGAUCGUCCUAUAGAUUAUUACGAAGCUUGUGAAAUUCUUUGUUCAUCUCUUGAAGUAGAUUCCAAGACGAUAUGCAAAACUGUACCUCAAUUGUAUAAAGGAGAUGGAACAUUUAUUGUGGAUCUCCAACCUCUAGUCAAUCGGCAUGAAGUUCAUCAGGAUGGGUUAGGAUCUUGGGGUAAACCAACUGGCCGUGUUCGAUUCUAUAUUGUCGAUGAGAAAGGUCGUAUUGUACGAUGCGAUGAUGGAAGAGGAAGGCUUCUCCCUGGUACUACCUAUGCCUAUAAAUGUAUGUUGAAACGCUAUGAACAUCCUGUCACAGCAGCAUUACAAGGUGGUCAAAACAGGUUGAUCAAGAAGAUUUAUACUGCAUUAUAUCCUCCCGAAAAGAGAGCUGCUGUAGGAAUUGCAAUAGUUACAUAUGAGUGGAUGGGAAGGCCUUUUGACUUUUCAGUCCAAGGGAGCGGCACUAAGAUGCGUAAGCCUCAUUCCUUAGCACCACCAGAUGGAACAGGAAACUGGGAAGCUGCUUCUUUUAGUGCUGGUGGGAAAGAACCUUUGCCAGCUACCAUAGAGGAAUAUUAUGGUGAUACGCCGUUGUAUGCCGUCGGUGCCAUAGAUUUCAAUACAGCUGCUUCUAUCAUCCUAGGAGGAACACUUGUAGACGCUUCAAAGAUAUGUAACCGUGUUCCUCAGUCGUACCGCGAAGCUGGAUCGUUUGUGAUAGAUAUAAGAAAUUUUGAAAGUGAUGCUCUACUACGAAGAGAUAACAACGGAGUGUGGGGAAAACCGGCCGGACAUUCUAGAUAUUAUAAAAUUGACUCUGAAACGGGAGAUGCCGUACGAGUAGAUAGAGCAAACAAAUUGCUCGAAGGUGCAACCUAUGAUAUUCAAAUACUUUCAAAACGUUAUGAACAUCCUGCUGUUAGUGGUAGGUUCUGUAGAAAAAUCUACACGGGUAAAAGCGUAAAUGGAGAUAGAUACUAUCCUACAUGUUCUCAUUUGGCAGUUCUAGUUUAUUAUUGGAAAGGAGAUCCAGAAUGGUUUGAAGCUGGAAAACAAAACCAGGUACAUCUUUCAACCAGGAACCGAAGGUUCCUAGAUGAGCAUGAGUUAGAGGAGUUUUUCGACUAUGCUGAACCCUCUAGUCCAGGCCAGCCUCUUGAACCAGCAAUUUCUGUUUGUGCUCCAAAACGACAACGAAUGAAUAGCGAACCGGCUGAGCCUGUUAGAAAUGAAAUAGAUAAUGAAACGCUUCAGCUGGAGAUAGCAAGAAAGGAGUUCGAUAAUCAAGUCCGCCUUUCCGCAUUGCUAGAUCGAGCAGAUGCAUUCUUAACAAGGAUGGAACGAUCGUUCGCUAGUAACAACCAGCAUAUAAGCCAAAGUUGGAAUGAGAGCAGUUUAAACAAUUAUUAA